CGCUCGCCGCCGCGCUUGCGCUCGGGCGCCGGCGCCGGCAGCCGGCGCGGGGGCUGCCGCAGAGGAAGGCGCGCGGCGGCGAGGCCGUGGAGAACACCGACCAGGAGAGCGCCUGGGACCUGGACGGCUCGAUCUGGGACGUCCUGACGAACACGGACAGCUACAUCGAGGAGGACAGGCAGUUCCGCCGCCCAGUCUUCGGGUACGCGGACUGGAGGCGACACCGCUCCGCGCAGCGUUUCAUGAGGAACUUGUCGAGUCUGCCCGUCUCGACCACCAUCCGGGCGAACUGGAAGGAGGUUCUGUCCGUCACCACCGUGGCCGCCGCGCUGUGCCUGUGGAACGAUGCCGAGGCCGCCGCUGCGGCGCUCAGCCUCGGCCCCGACGCGGUGGCCUUCGCGAAGUCUCUGCCGGAGCUGAGCCUGCCGGGCCUCCCUUUCACGGUCAGCUCGGCCUCCCUGUCAUUGCUGCUUGUCUUCCGCACGAACAAGGCCUACGAGCGAUGGUGGGAGGCACGCUGCAUCUGGGGUGCGAUCAUCAACACGUGCCGCGACAUCGUUCGCCAGUCCCUUGUAAGAAUGGACCCACAAGACAUGGCCCUCAAGGCGGAGGUGACUCGCUUGGUGUCCGCUUUCCCACGCUCGUUAAUCUACCAUGUCGGUGAGCGCACAGACAUUUCCAACCUUGUACUCGAGAAGAAGUAUAGAAAAAUCUUGACAGACGAAGAGACAGACAAGCUGUUGAAGUGCACUCACAAGCCAAUGACGGUCACUGGCAUGCUAGCUGACGCGGUCCACCGCGCGAAGUUGCCAGUGAUCGACGAGAUGAAGAUUGACCAGGACAUCACAAAGUUCUCGGACUACUACGGCAUGUGCGAGCGUAUCUUCAAGACACCCAUUCCGCUUUCGUAUACACGCCUGACCUCGAGAUUCCUGAGUAUCUGGCUUCUGACACUCCCGCUUGCGCUGUACGCGGCGAUCACACCCCAUUGGCUGAUCAUCCCAAUCACUGCCAUCAUUGCCUUCUUCAUAUUCGGCAUCGAGGAGAUCGCGUUCCAGAUCGAGGAGCCAUUCUCGGCGCUGGCCAUGAACGCGAUGGCGGACGGCAUCGACGCGAGCAUCUUCGAGGCGCUGGAGCUGGAGAAGAAAGAUCCGUUCACGUUCAAGCCGCGCGACGGGGCCGACGCGCAGCCGCAGAAGUUCGCCGCCUUCUUUAGCAAGCCGGCCGCUCCGCCGCGGGAGGCGGGGGUGGCGAUCGAGGCCGAGCCCGAGCUCGCUGCCGCGUCCACGGUCGUGAAGAAUGUCGAGGGCCGCUUUCGCUUCGCGGCCUCCGCGGCGCCGGCGCAGGAUGGCGACGCCUCCGAGGCACCUGUGCAGCCAAGCGACGCGCCCGAGGACUCCCUGGUCUACCCCACCAACCACGCCCUGACGGUGCCCAAGAGGACUGACCCCCGACGCGGGCAAGAGGAGCUGGCCGCGCCGGCUCGUCGCCAAGGUGAAAGCGCUCCUGGGCCCGUCGGGCGCGUAGGGCGCCGCGUGGCACGGCGAGGCGCGGCCUCCUUCCAGGCGAGGGCGCUGCCCUGGUGCGCGGGCAGGCGAGCCAGGCGCGAGCUGAGCCGGCGGCGUCCCGGGAACGCUUUGGCAGGACGAGGGGAGCAGAGACAGGGGCAGAAGUGGGUCCCAGCUCCCAGGCGCCACGCUUUGUUCGUGACGCCGAUCCCCCGAGGUCUCGACCCCUUCCCCUGCACUGGCUUUCCAUCCUGAGCCGCUGUUUGACUUCCCCGCGGCGCCCGGGAGCAGCAGAGCGCCCCGAGCCCUCGUGCCGAGCCGGCGCCCCCGCCGGCCGUGCGCCGCGCCCCGCCUGGGCGCGCUCGCGGCGACCUCGGCGGCCGCCCUCCUGGAGCGCCCCGGCCCUGCUCCCGAGCCGCUCCUCCUCCUCCUCCUCCUCCU